AAAAAUGAAGAAAGAAAGAAAAGCAGCCGCGGCUUUAGUCGCGUUGGAGGUGGAGCUUGGAGGUAGUCGGACCACGGUAGGGCUGUCAAAGUGAAUGCUACCGGUCGCCUGAUGCGGGAAGAAAAGAGAACAAACCCCGCCAGUUAAGGAAGUGCGAUGAUAACAUAACGGCGCAGAGACUGCCUGGCUCUUUCACCGAGGACUGCAGGGCUCCACCAUGCCGCCCCAGCGAGUGUUCGCCGUGCCGAGACAGCAGUCUCUGCACCUGCCUGCGGUCAUCAACCCGUUCGUUCAAGACACCAAAUUAACCAAAAGUGCAGUCAUUAAAUGUCUCCUGCUGGGAAUCUUCCUGGUGCCUCUUCGGGUCAUCCUCAUGUCUCUGGUUCUGAUGGUGACAUGGCCUGUGGCUUUCAUAAUCACCUUCAAUCAGCCUCUGAUGGGAGCAGUGGAGCCAAUGACAGGCUGGAGACGGGUCAUGUGUAAAAGACUGAUGGCUGCCUUGGGGAGAGCCUACUUCUUCUCCAUGGGUUUCAGAGUUGUGGUAAAGGGUAAACAAGUCGGCAACACCGAGGCCCCCAUUCUCGCCGUGGCCCCCCACUCCAGUUUUUUCGAUGCGAUUGCAUGCGUCGUGUGUGGCCUGCCUUCCACUGUCUCUCGGGUAGAGAACCUGGCUACGCCCAUCUUCGGCAGGUUUGUCCGCUGUCUCCAACCAGUGCUGGUAUCUAGAAAGGACCCAGACUCCAGAAGGAACACGAUCCUGGCCAUUGAAAGCCGAGCCAAGUCUGAGGGCCAAUGGCCUCAGGUGCUGAUAUUUCCAGAGGGAACAUGUACCAAUCGUACAUGUCUUAUCACUUUUAAACAAGGUGCCUUUAUCCCAGGGGUUCCUGUGCAGCCUGUCAUUAUAAGAUAUCCCAACAAACUGGAUACAGUGACCUGGACUUGGCAAGGUUUCAACUCGAAGACGCUGCUGCUGCUAACAUUGUCCCAGCUCUACACCACAGUGGAGGUCGAGUUCCUGCCACCGCACAUUCCCACAGAGGAUGAGAAGAAAAGCCCCGCUCUGUUUGCCAGCAGAGUGAGAGACACGAUGGCCAAGGCUUUGGGCAUUCCAGUGACAGACCACACGUAUGAAGAUUGCCGCCUGAUGAUCUCAGCUGGAGAGCUAACGCUUCCCAUGGAGGCUGGCCUGGUGGAGUUCACUAAGAUUAGUCGCAAACUCAAUUUGAAGUGGGACAGUGUGAAGAAAGAACUUGAGAGUUUCGCAACAAAGGCAUCUGCCUCCAAGGGAGGACGAAUAACCAUUGAAGAGUUCGCCAAGAUCCUGAAGCUACCUGUCAACCCUAUUCUUGUGGAGCUGUUUUCAUUGUUUGACAGGAACGGGGAUGGCACCAUUGACUUUAGAGAGUAUGUUAUCGGUGUGAACAUCUUGUGCCGACCAGCGAACACCGAAGAUGUUCUACAAAUGGCUUUCCAGCUGUUUGACACGGAUGAAGAUGGGAAAAUCACUCUGGAUGAGUUUAACGCUCUGCUGCGUUCUGCCCUGGGUGUGUCCCACCUCAGCAUGGACAAGCUCUUCCACGAGAUUGAUGCAGAUUCUUCUGGCUUCAUCACUUACUGCGAGUUUAAGACGUUUGCCUCAAGCCAUCCUGAGUACGCCAAACUGUUCACGACCUACCUAGAGCUCCAGAGAUACCAAGCAAUCCAAGAGGCAAUGCCGGGCGAUCUGGAAUUAGCCGGGCAGAGUGGUUCGGGGGAAACGUCUGAGGAAACCCCCUCUGACAAAAAAGACGACUGAAAUUACUGAUAACUGUGUUCGAUUGCACUAGAAAUGUUUGGCCUUUUAAUUUGAAAAUUCAAGCAUUUGGUUUUAGUGUCCUUUUUUUUUUUAAAUAGUGCCUUAAAGAUUUUAAAUGAAUCAUCACACAAAGAGUACUUGUGAUAGGAAGAAAUUAUGUAAAAUAAAAUGUAUGUAUAUUAAAAAAAUAAUCUAAACCCAGCAUCAAUUAGUCAGUCUUAGAGUUGAAUCUUAUUUUAAGAUUUUUUGUUUUAGCCUCACUCUUUGUUGCACUGAGAUGGCCACAGCCCCGGGUACCUCAUCCUUUGUCUUUGUGGUUUGUAUUUACAUAAGAGAAAAAAAAAAUGCCAAACCAACACAUAUUUAAUCAUAAGCAAAGAGUCCCUGUGCUUCUAUGUUUCUGUAUAAUUAGUGUUCAGUAAGCUGCAGUAAGAGCUUUCCAGUCUGGUGAGCCAGACUUAUAUUCUGUACUAAAGCUAUGUUUACAAUGAGCAUAGAUGCUGCGCCUUACACUUUUUUUUUUUGCAGCGCUUUGGGACAAAAUCCUUGUAAGACGGCCGUGUAAUUAGCCAGAAGUUUGCUUUGCAUGUGUACCUAUUUGCAUUUCUACUGAAGACAGUUGUUGCUGAGGCAGCAGUGUGCCUGUGCUGCUUUAAGUUGACUAAAGCAAAUCAAGCAUUGAAAAUAGGGCAAUUUGUGAGCAAAAAGCUAACACUGCUUCUUCACAGCAGCAUAUUCCAGCGGGGUAUGCACAGAGUCUAACAAGCUGCAUUGUUAUUUAUUUAGCGGACCGUAUUGCAAUUAUAUGAGCUGUAUUUUUUUGUGAAGAUUGCAAAGUUUGCUUUUUAAAAGAAACUAAGAACAGGAUACUUGUUUUCUUUUUUGUUUGUUUAUGGCUGUUUUUUCAGAAUUUUUUUUAUCUAUUUUUUUAGUGGCUGGAAAAUUUGUAAUUACUGUUUCAGCAGGUUGUAGCUGCAACAAUGUUUCUCAAAAACAACCACAAGGUGCCAGCAGUUAGCUGCUCUCUCUGUCUAAUGUGUGUCCGUGGAGCUCUGCGUUUUUUAUAAAACGUGUCAUUUGUGCUUUAGAUAACAAAAUUAGAUUUAAUGUGACAUGCAUUUGUAAAAUGAGAAUUAGUGUCUCCACUUUUUUUUUCCUGAUACCCAGCAGCGAGAGAUGUUCCCUAUAAAGCUAAACCCUCGGCAACUGACCAUAAAAUAAAGGUUUUGGCAAAUGCUUUUAAUCAUA